AUGUCUCAAUAUCAGUCCCAGUCCUCGGCCUCGGCCAAGAUCUACGUCGGUAACCUCUCAUGGAACACCACAACUGAGUCUCUCGGAGAUGCCUUCUCCCAGUUCGGCAACGUUAUUGAUCGCGUUGUCAUGAGCGACCGUGAGACCGGCCGCUCCCGUGGCUUUGGCUUCGUCACCUUCUCUUCCGAGGAAGAGGCUCAACAAGCCAUUGAGGCCAUGAACGAGCAGGACCUCGAUGGUCGCAAGAUCCGUGUCAACCUUGCCAACGCCCGUCCCGCUGGUGGCAACGGUUACAACGGUGGUGGUCGUGGCGGCUUCGGCGGUGGCCGCGGUGGCUACGGCGGUGGUGACUACGCCCCUCGCUCUGAUGCCCCCCAGUGGUAA